AUGUCUUUGGACUUCUCACAGUAUGGCGGCCCGUCGGAGGAGUGGCUGGCGAUCGAGAAGACACUGCCAGCAUUGACCUUCGACACAAACACGGAUAUCGUUGUGCUCAAGAAUGCCGUCAACAAGGAGCGCGAGGAAAUGACGGCUGCCGGCAUGAAGUUCCUGGCCCCACAUGUCCACACCACUGACUACACCAUCCCAACACGCGAUGGUUCUACAAUCGAAGCUCGUAGCUAUCGCUCGAUCAAAAAGGACAAGUCAGAGAAGCUUCCUGUCUACGUAUACUUCCACGGAGGUGGUUUCAUCUUUGGCAGCAUAAGCAGUGAGGACUUCGUCUGCGCCCAGACGGCAAUCAACGCUGGCGUUCUUGUUGUGAACGUUAACUACCGACACACACCUGAGCAUACCUUCCCCACUGCGUGGCACGACUCUCAGGAUGCUUUUGCUUGGGUACACAAGAACAUUGACGAACUCAACGGUGAUCCUUUGAAGGUUCUGGUUGGUGGUGUCUCCGCAGGCGGGCAGCUCGCGGCAUCCCUCACGCUGGAGAAGCAUCUCGGAAAAAGCGAAGUCUUGAAGGGUCUUCCAGAUCUCGCCGGACAGAUUCUGAUUAUUCCUUGCUUGUCGAGUCCAGAUACGUACGACGAGGGACCAGGCCGAAAAUUGAAGCCUGGGAAAUCUUCGUACAUCGAGAACGAGCAUGCACCGCUGCUACCGAAGACGACUGUAGAGGCCUUUACCGCAUUGUUGAAAACGCCAAAGGUAGAUCUACGAGACACCAAAAUCAACAUUGUAAAUGCAACGGAAGAUGAAGUACGCGGCUUGCCUCCUACGGUCUUUGGCAUCGCCGGGUUGGACCCCUUGCGAGACGAAGCAUUGCUGUACGCAAAGUUGCUCGCCGAGCAAAAUGUACCUACAGACAUCAGGUUGUUCAAGGGAGUACCACACGGACAUCGUAGGUUCGGCAAGGCGCUGAAGGCCUCCGAUCACUGGGAUGAGUGCGUCGAUGAAGGCAUCCUGUGGGCAUUGUCGAAGCCUGAAGCGACUGGGAAGUUCGAAGUCAAGCUGCCCUAA